CGUUCUGGGGCAAUCAUGAGUUUUGGAGGGUAGCAAGCAAGUUGGGAUUUGAGAUUUGGUUUUUGGAGGAGGUGAAAGGGUACUACGUACGGAUGAGAAUCAAAUACAAGAAGGGCCACGUUUAAGGUCGGGUCUGUUUGUAGAACAACGACACCUACGCUCACCCACCGUGUACAGUUGGAUCUAGAAACGUAGCGGUGGUUUGGAAACACAACAGUAGUAUUAUCAAUACUUUUUGGUCCCAGGUUCAAAUCAAAUCUGAGAAUGGAGGGUAUAUAAAGACUCGGGAGAUCUAACUUCGGCACGGGGAUCAUUGUGUCUUGUCAUGGUUUUCCUCCUAUAUUAAGAAAAAAAAGCCUAUUUUGUGAGCUUCGAGUAAUCAAAUUUAAAAAAAUGUUGAAGAUAUUAGAUCAUAUGUCCUCUCUCUUAUAAUAUAGAAGUAGUCUAAAUAGGCUAUGGCUUUUUAUUACAGAACCUUAGAAUUUAUGAACUCCAACUUAGACUUUUUCGGUAAUUAAAUAUGCAAGAUAGCUCCUAACGGAAUAGUUUUUUUUUGAUAAUUUCAAUAUGAAUAUCUAUGUAGGAAAAUUAUAUAACAAUAAUUUGCAUUCAUUGGAGCUAUUAGAGAAAAACAAGAGCAAUUUAGGCUUUUUCAUUAUUUUUGUAUGGAUAGAAACAUCCCGCUUACAUGCGAAUUGUUGUAAUAGAAUUUGUAUUUAUCUGCAUUAGCCAAUAUAGACAUCUACAUAUGGACUGCAUUUUUUACCCUUCUUAAAAUUUCAUAAAAUAAAAUUCGGAUAAGAUAACUAAUCCACACUAAGAAAUGGAAAAUUCUUAUUUUUAUUUUUUGUAGUAUUAAAUGACGAGCUAGGCCCAUUACCAAAUGGGCGCGGACAGUCGAGAGCAGUCAAUGGGCUUGCGCCCAAAAGGGUCCAACGGAGAUUAUAGAUUUGCAAGAAGGGUAUUAUGGUCACAGAACAAAGCUGAAAAGACUUGCAGUGAUUAGGUCGUCUUCAUCGUCGACAGAUCGAAGGAGGGAGAAAGCAGAGAAAUUCUAAUGGCUUCUCCUUCAAGAGGAUGGACAAGCGCCAGGAUCUCUUACAUCGCUGCCCGCAUCUUCUUCGUUCUCAUCAUCUUCCAACUUCCUCUCUUUAGGGUCCAAUGUAGAUCAGGGAUGUGCACUACACCGAUACAGAUAACAUCUUGCCAGUUAACCGCAAAUGAAAUAUUCCCAUCGGCUGUUGUGAAAGCCCUCCUUUACCCUGGAGCAGCAGUAAACAGUCUCGUCUCAAACAUGACCCUUCCAAAAUGGAACAACAUACUUCACAUGUACAAUCUAACGGAAGUUAAAAAUGCAUCUGCUGUUGUGGAUCUCCAACGCUUAGAGGUACUUUGUGGAAGCUAUUUUGCUGUCGCUGGAGCCCUCAUCGGGGUCAUAAACCCAGGGAGAAUGAGCAUGUUUGGGACUCUUCUUAUAGUUUGGGGUCUCGUGAAAGAGGGAUUUCUUGGAAAACCAGCUAAUACUAAUCCAGCAACGGCUGUUUAUGUCUCUCCUGCAAUGGUUCUCGCUAUAAUAAGCGCUGUGUUUUCCGUGAGGUAUAACCUUAAGAAAGCAGUAAAGGGUAGUCAAGCUCGGCCUGUUGCUAAGCCAUUGCAGAGCUCCGUGAAGUCAAAACUGAAGUGAACUAUGUAAAAUUUAGGAUGAUAAUCCAUGAGAAAACUUAAUUCGGUUUCAUAUAGCUUUCUACUGUUCAAACUUCAAGUUAUCUAUCUAUAUGUAAAAGUUGAAUUUUUUUUGUUUCUUCGCAUUGUUGUAUUUCUAUUGUGAAAUCAAUAGACAACUUAGUGUAGCUUUAAAGCUUGUUAAAUUCUGACUUUCUGGCCAUUGUUGAUAA